AUGUACAUCACAAAGCAAAUGUGUGAAGAAGAACCAUGNGUUCUUCAGAAUAAUAGAGAAAUUGUUGACAAGAAAGGAGAGAGACAAUAUUUUUCAGGACUCUUCCUUUGUAGACCAUCUGGACAAGGGAAGUCCAUGCUCAUUGUGAGGUUCGGAAACACAACGAAGCCCCCUUUGUUAGUCAAAAUAUUCCCUGAAUGGUACUUCCACCAGAAUGCCAGCAAGGUCUUUGAGCAAGAUAUGGGAUUCCUCUCAUCCCAGAACGAAGUUCUAAUCAAAGAAAGAGUUCCCACAAAGGAACUGUAUAUUAACUUAAGGUCCUCGGAUACAUGGGUGGUCGAGUACAGGAAGUGGAUGGACAAAGUUGGGCAUGGCAUGCCUUAUCAUUUUGGGCACAGCACCAUUUCACCACCCUUAGAGCCUGCUGUGGUGGAACACGCACCAGCUGGCUUGUUUGCAAGCAUUUCAGCAUCUUUACCGGCAAAGGGAGGAAUUGGAACAAUGCAUGCACCAAACCUCGCGAACAGAUAUUUUCGACAUGUAAUACAUUGCAAGGGAUGCAGCAAUGUUGUUAAAGCUUUUCGAGCAUGGAAAAAUGCCCUCUCUAUUGUCGCUCUCGUGUCAACUGCAUUGGCAAUUUUAAUAUCUGGAAGGCAAUGGAAGGCCCUUCUUUUGUUUUCAACGACCAUGUGCUUGGCUGGAGUGUACAUGUGCUCAACCGCAAUUUCAAUGAAUACAACCAACUUCAUAAGAACACACAGAAGAUUGUCCUCGGAUACAUGGGUGGUCGAGUACAGGAAGUGGAUGGACAAAGUUGGGCAUGGCAUGCCUUAUCAUUUUGGGCACAGCACCAUUUCACCACCCUUAGAGCCUGCUGUGGUGGAACACGCACCAGCUGGCUUGUUUGCAAGCAUUUCAGCAUCUUUACCGGCAAAGGGAGGAAUUGGAACAAUGCAUGCACCAAACCUCGCGAACAGAUAUUUUCGACAUGUAAUACAUUGCAAGGGAUGCAGCAAUGUUGUUAAAGCUUUUCGAGCAUGGAAAAAUGCCCUCUCUAUUGUCGCUCUCGUGUCAACUGCAUUGGCAAUUUUAAUAUCUGGAAGGCAAUGGAAGGCCCUUCUUUUGUUUUCAACGACCAUGUGCUUGGCUGGAGUGUACAUGUGCUCAACCGCAAUUUCAAUGAAUACAACCAACUUCAUAAGAACACACAGAAGAUUGUGA